UGCGGCACAAUUUGAAUGAUACAUUAAAUGACUUUCUAGGCCAUUGUUUUUCGGACAGCGAAGGCCUCAUGGAAGACGUUGCACGAUGGAGGAUUCGUGAACAUAAUUACACAAACGAAGGCUCAUGGAUAACGUUGUACGAACGAUUGCAGAUGUUGAUUCUUAGUAAUACAG